AGUUACCAUAACAACGUACGUCGAUACGGUCGUGCUAGUUAAUUUCCUAAAAUCAAUUUUUAUGUAUUUUUUGAUGGUCUAAAAAACAAUCCAAUUCACUGCCCGGAUAAAUUUUAAUUAACCUGCUGGGAUCAUGUCGGCCAUGUUAGAGCUGGAAAGUUGGCUGAUUUACCAAUAUGUUGCGACCGAAUGCGGCGAUUGCCUGUUCAUGACGGAGAGCGCCUUCAGAGCGAGAGACAUCGGUUUGCGUACGCAAAAGAAAAUCCUGUCUCGCAUGGCCGGAAAACACGUCGUCAAAGCUUUCAUCGACGACACCACGGCCUCGCUCUUGGAUAAUUUGUACAAAUUGGCCAAGCAAUACAGCGGCAACAAAAAGGAGGCGGAAAAACUGAUAAAAAACAUCAUAAAGAUCGUGAUAAAAAUCGGCCUGUUGCACCGCAACGACGUCUUCUCCGAGGAGGAGCUCCAGGAGGCGGAGAAGUUCAAGCAGAAGUUCCGCACGCUCGGCAUGGCCGUCAUCUCCUUCUACGAGGUGGACUUCAGCUACGAUCGCCGCUUCCUGGUGGACGCCUUCUCGGAGAGCAAAAGGAGCCUGGUGAAGGUGGUCGCGGGUCAUCUGACCGAGAAGUCCAUGUCGAAGAUCGAGGGGGCCUUCGAGUUCUUCGGCGACGGGGGUUUCUUGGACGCCGUCUUCGAGAGGAAUUCGCCGUACAGGGAGACCUUGGGCAGGGUGGUGAACGGUUUGAAUAAGGCCAUCGAGACCGGAGAUCUCUAGUCUCGUUUUCUAGUUAUUUCGUUGUGUUUAUUUGUAAAUAAUUACGAGGGUCUAUCCUAUGGCGACCAUCGUGAUUAUUCGCUAAUUCAUUAUUAAGCUCAAGAGAUAUUGAAUGUAUUAUUUAUUUUUUUCGUUUAGGAAUUGAUUAAUAUACAUAUUGAGUAGACAUAUCUGCAGAUAUUCGAAGGAUUCGCGAAUAGUAUUUAAAUUUAUAGAGAGUAUUUUUGCACCGAAUUAUUAAAAAAAUAUAGAAAACUUCGACGAUUCUCAAUCAAAAUUCUCAAUGAAUGGUUGUGUAAAUGUUGAUAAUUACAAAAAAUAAUUAGGUAUAAUGAUAAUUAUUACAUUUUAAAUCAAAAACACUGUUCUUCUAUUAUUUUAAUUUGCUACAGGGUGUCCCAAAUCAUUUGAAUUAUUGUAAAAAAUUCAAUGAGUUGGCUUGUCCUUAAUUCUUGCCAGUAUUUUAUUUUCCAUUUAAGUAUGUACUUAAAUUUUGACUUGUGUAUAUUUCACUAGAAAUACUCUCAUUAUACGGGCACAAAAUAAAUUAGAA